AAAAGGGGAAGGUGGUUUAUAUAUGAUCCGGAGUGUCUGGUGUCAGAGGGACUUCCGGAACUCUAUUACCUGAUUCUAGUACUAUAUAAAAAAGACACAUACGUAUAGAGCACUAAAACAUUAGAAAGAAGACCCCAACGAAAAAGUGAGCAAAUUUCUGACUUUAUUAAGCAAUCAGGGUUAUGUAUCAUAUUGUUUCCCGUCUACUAAAAGCACCAGUGAAGAUUUGGUGUGGCCACCUGAAAGGUUUUCUUUCCUCGCAGUCAGUGUUGUGCAGUUCUAAAAAAACCACCCCCCGCAUCCUGGUGCAGUGACCACAGCGCGGAAGGCAAGGAAUGCCCCUGUUUCGUCAGCCCGAAGCCCGAGCAGAGCGGCGCGGUCAGAAGGGUAGGGAUCGUACGCGGGACUGCAGCGAGGAAGAGGGCGACGCGCCUUCCUCGCUGGUCCGACUGUGCCUCCUCAACGUCGCUGAGAACAUGAAGGGCCUGUGGGUGCAGGACUAUGUCCAGAAUUACAUGGACCACUACUUCUUCAGAUACGUCAUGGGUCCCUUCAGCCUGCUGCCAAGCGACCUCCUGGAGGAGCUGCUGUGUGUGUUAUCACGGCAGAACCUCCUGUCUCGUGCCGCCCUGCACCUCCUGCUGCUCCCGCAGCUGCGCCGCCUCGCGCUCUCGCGCUCCUGCAACCUCGUCACUGCCAACCUCUGCAGCCUGGUCGGAGCUCGCUGCCAGUCCCUGACGUCUCUGAACCUGACCGGUGCGCUGAACGUCUCCUCGGCCGCCCUGUGCGGUCUCCUGGGCCGCCUCCCCGACCUGCGCGCCCUCUGCCUGGCCGGAACCCUGUCGGACCGCGCCGUCGUGCUGACGGUGGCCCGGAGGUGCCCCGCGUUGGAGCACCUGGACCUGUCCCGCUGCCUUCACCUCUCCCCGGCCGCCCUGCUGGCCCUGAUCCACAGAGGGCAGGACGGCGCGGGGCUGAGACGCCUCGCCAGCCUGCUGGCCCUGGACAUCGGCCUGGGCGAGGGGGCAGGGGAGGGGGCGGUCUCGGGCGCCCUCCUCCUGCUUGGCCAGCCCGGCCUGCGGCGGCUGGCGCUGGAGGGCGCCGGGCGGGCGUGCGAGAUGAUCCGGAACGGGGAGUUCGGGGCGAGGGAGGGGCUCGGCGCCCGAGAGAGUGGGGCAGAGCUGGUGGACAGGUCAGACGGAGAGGGGAGCUUCGCUUUGGAGGAAAUUGUUGACGGCUGGCUGCGUUUAGACGAGGGCGACCCGAAGAGGGUGGCGGAGAGUAAGGACGGGGAGGGGAGCGGAGGUGGGCGUGCGGGGAGGGGAGCGGAGGUGGGAACGACGGGGAGGGGAGCUGGGAACGAGGGGGAGGGGAUGAAAUUGCAUCUUCAAGAGGUCCAGGGGGUUUCCCUCAACAGCCUGGACGCCGUCGCACAGUUGUGCCCGGACCUUCGCUCUCUCUCGCUGCACCGCUGCGGGGAGGAUGACGAUGGCGAGGAAGGCUCAGGGAGGGCGGCGCUUUUAGCCCGAGGGCUGGCGACGUGGGCGGGGCGGCUGCGCCACCUCGCCCUGCAGUUCCCCGGCGCUCUCUCGGAGCUGGUCCCAGCUCUCCGGGCUGCCGGCUCCGGCCUGGGCUCCCUCACCCUGGAGGGGGUCCGAGCAGACGGACACCUGGCCUUCCUGGAGCUCCUCCACGCCUGCCCCAAACUCACAUCCCUCACCCUUCACGUAGACCCCCCCAGAUCAAACCGCGACGCGGAGACCGACAAUGAAGGCGAAGUCGACCCCGGUCUGCCACGUCUGCCACACCUUUGCUCGUUAACGCUAAAUUUCACCUUGGAUGAGAGGCAGCUGAGGCCAGUGCUGUGCUGGAAGUCCCUGAAGGGGGUGCUGUGGGCCUUGCUGAGAGGUUCUCCGCAUCUGCACACACUGUCUCUGACCGCCGCUCCCUGUCCGCUGGACCCCGUAUUCCAGCUGGUCCUCGAUCGCCGCAGCAGCUCGGACGAACCGCCGCUGCAACACCUCGGGCGCGUCAGUCUGAGGCGCUCAGAUGUCACCGUGGCGACAGCAGCGCGGCUCGUGGACACCUGUUGCCGCUUGUCCUCUCUGGAUGUGAGCAGCUGCUGGUCUAUGACCCUGAGCGACAUCAAGAAAUUACAGAGCAGAGCCAGCAGGAGGCGCCAUAAGCUACAGAUCAUUUGGACAUGAACCAAACAGAAAAUUCUUACAGCACUUAUACUGAUAAACUAGGAUACUCUAUAUAGCCACAGUCAUUUAUCUGGCACUGUGUAUGAAGGUUUUGUUAUUAACCUAAAGCCUUUUCAAAAACACCUUUUUAAAGACACUGCUACUUUUCUAGGAUAUUUUUAGUCUCAAAGCAAAGCACACGGUCACCUUUGAUGAAUAUUCGUCUGUCUGUUCGUCAGUUUAUGUGUAAAUCGUUUUACAGUUUUUGGACAGGCAGCAGCAUGCAUGUUGUUUACAUUUCCCUGAAGUAGCUUUAAAGCAAAAGAUAAAGGCUUUAAAAAAAGAAACUGUUGAUGUGGUUGGUUGCUCUCUCACUGCAACUCCUCAAACCAGUGUGAGCUGCUUCACAUUAAGCAACAUUGAUGUAGACAUACUGGGUUUAUCCUAAGAAUCAACAGUAAUUUACAUUCUUUAAACAUCAAAACUAAAGUGUGUAUAUAUACACACAAUAUGAUUAAAUAAAAUUGACAUAAUGAGUCUAAAUUGACACAGAAACAUGGUUAUUUUGCAGUCUUCUCAAUGGCAUUAGAAAAUAUGAUCCAGUUAGAUGACCUAAUUAAACAAUACUACAUUUA